GUGUUACCGAGCUCGCGCUCUCGGUGUGGACAGCUCGCGCUCUUUGUGGUUUUUUUUUGUGCGCAACGUUUCCCGGAAAAACCUCCACAUCUUUGAACCUAGUUUGAUUAUUAGCGCAUUACGGAGUCUCCGCGUUACAACAAAAAAAACCAAACAAACACGUGAGUAGCGUGUUGCGCUGCGUGAAGCAGAGUCGUGCGUUUUAACCCGUGCGCCAGAAGAAGCGUGAAGGGUUCGAGCGGCGUCUCCUGUGUGGGAUCCAUGUGCGCAUUAACCAUACGGAAUAUAUUCGUCUUUAUUUCGAUCAGAAGUUAAGUGAUGGAUCAGAGGAUUGGAUUCCUGCUGCUUCUCCUCAUUCUAACAGUUUGUGGUCACGCAGCUACAGAAGGAGACCGUGACUUUAAGAUGUGUGGGAUUUGGCUUCACAACAGUGGACCUCAAACCCUGGAUGUUGAUUUAAAGCCUGGAUGUUCAGGGAUCACCGUUUCAGCCAACGCCAGCACGCUGUCCAUCCACGGCUCCAUUACGGCUGAGUGCAAUUUGCCUAAAGAACGAAAGCCUGUGAACUAUUCUCAAGGUUCCUCCAGCUCCUUCUGUGUGAUCUGGGAGCCACUGCUGGACCAGCUGGUGGUGGAGGUGAAUGAGAAGAACAUCACUCUCUGCAAAGCUAGAAUACUACAGACCCAGUGCUGUGCCCAUCUCUCUUCUGGAAAUCAGUCUCUGUCCAGUAUGUACGGAAUCCAGAACGCCAGCGUGCAAGGAGAUGUUCUGAGAAACAGCGUCAUGGCUUCUUACGAGUUUAAGGGUGAAUCCAUCAACUGCAAGGAAUACUUUUGCAGUAAAAUAGCUCAGGAGUCCAGAGGAGCAAACAUGCUGGAGGAUGUGGUGAUGAGGUCAGUGGAGACUGGUCCUGUGAUUCUGCCGUGUGGUCAGAGCACCGUCAUCGAGAUGAAUGAAGAUUUCUCUGGAAAUAAUGUAACUCUGCCUGCUCCAAAAGGAACACCAAGAGAGAUGAUCCCAUUAGUGCACUUACCUGCCUGUCUCAAACCUGCCAAAAGAAACAACACGAAAGUGGUGUGUAGCUUCUACAAGAACAGCAGCUUUUUCCAGAAAAGUUCUCAGAAGAUUUUACAAGACGUUGUUGGGAUUUCGGUGGAAAACGAGAUCAUCAGAAAUCUCCCGGAGCCGAUCAGGAUCAAGUUUAAUCACCCGGCACUCGAGAAGACACAGAAUAGAAGGUGUGUUUCUUGGGAUACAAGAACAGAUAAGGAUAUGAUGUGGAGGGAGACGGGUUGUGUAACACUUCAGCACAGUGCUGCUGAGACAGAGUGCUGCUGUAAUCAUCUCACCUACUUCGCUAUUCUUGUGGACCUGAACCCGACGAGAAAACUGCGCCACCUGGAGGCUCUGACCUUCAUCACAGCCACCUGCUGUGCCAUAUCCAUCGUCAGCUGCGCCGUGCUCUUCAUAUCGCUGUGUAGACAGAGAAAAUCGAAGAAUCUUUCGAGUCUGGUGCACCGUGGUCUGGUUGUCGCUCUGUUCUUCCUCCUCGUGCUCUUCGUCCUCACCGGCACCGUGGCCAACGUCGCGUCCGAGGGUGUGUGUGGCUUCAUGGGCGGCCUGCUGCACUACGCACUCCUCAGCGUCCUCUGCUGGAUGGCUGUGGAAGUGAUUCACACCUUCUGGAUGAUGUACAUGGUGUUUAAACCGGCACCACAGCCAUGGAUCUGGUACCUCCUGGGUUUCGGUUUUCCAGCUGUGCCAGUUGUUAUUCUGGGAUGCAUUGGAGACAUUUAUGGUCAGAGGUCGGUGAAGUCCGACGAUGUUCUCACAGCUCCCUUUCACAUGUGCUGGAUGACAGACUCGCAACCAGCUCUGAUGGCUCACUUCAUCAUCAACAUGGGGCUGCUAGCGGCGGUGGUGAGCUCCGGCCUCAUCAUGCUUCUCCUGGUCUUCAGGAAGAUCCGGCACCGGGACGAGUGGAGGAGAAACCGUGUGGCUUUCCUCAGCAUCUGGGGUCUCAGCUGUCUGUUUGGUUUAACCUGGGUUCUCGCUUUCUUUUCUUCUGAAUCCUCAGAAACCGUCCUCUUCCUCUUCUGCAUCAUUAACUCGUUACAAGGGUUUUUCCUCAUGUUGCGCUUCUUCGCUCUGGAGCGGAUACAGAAGAAUUCUCAGUCCAGUUCGGACUUCAGCAGCACCGGAUCCACACGGCAGCACAUGCUACAGCCUCAGUAGAAGAAGCUAGGAGGGAUGUUUGGACAUUUCUGUAAGCAUUAAUCCCUGCUGGUCAGGUCUGUGGCUAUGCACUGAAAAAAGAGAAAGAGAAUCAGACCAAAAAAAAGCUUCAUGGAGAUUAAGCUGAAUAUUUAACUGUAUAAACUCCAUACUUUUAUUUUGUGUUCUGAAAAAGUCCACUUCGUUCUGUCAUUAGCACUUUUAUUCCUUAAGCUUUGACUACUGUUCGUUGAACACUGUGCCAGCUUUAGAUAUUUAGAAUAAUUAUGGAAUAAAAAGUAGAUUUUAAGCACAAAGAAGACAAAAGUUUUUUAAAUUCUUUAUUAUUUAUUGGUAAAAAAAAAAAAAAGGAGGUUCCACAAAUCUGUUCAGUUUCCACAACGAGCCUCAUUUAUUGCUUAUUGUUUAUUGUGUAGCGUUUAUCAUUAAUUGUUUAUUGUUUAUUGUUUAUUGUACUGGAUACGAGUGAAUUUAUUCCAACUCAUUCACAGGAGCAGGUUUUACACAAAUAAAGUAAAAAUUGAUGCAUGGUUUUCAAAUCGUAUAAUCGCCAACAAGUUCCUGUGAUUAAAUAUACGUCAUUUAAAUCGCACAAUUUAUUUGUCGCAAAUAAAUAAAAAAAACAUGACCAGACGUUCGAUCAGGAUAAAAGUAAUAGCACCCUAUAAAAGCACGUUUCUCUGCAUUAACGAGUGGAAAAUUCAGGCACCCGCUGCACUCAGGAGGAGUGUUUAAUCUCCACUUAGUCAUUUCUCAGCUCUCUAUAAAUGUGAACACACUUUGUUAUCUGCUUUUGUCAACCCACGAGCAUGAACUUUUGUAUAUCUGGUGGGAAUUUUUAGUUUAGCUUCGACACAAAAACAUUCACACGCGUGUUCAGUGAAAGACGAUAGAUGAGAGCUGACGAUUAUUAUGUUAUAAUAUUUUUUUGUAAGCUCAAAUAAAAUAAAUAAUAGUCCUUAAAUAAAUAUUUUUACCGGUACAUGGCUGGUGUAUCAGUUUCACAGUGACUUCACCUUUUUGAUGGAUUUCUGGAGAGUUUGUGUUUAUUCUGUUAGUUUAAUUUGCAAAAGAUUUUUGUCAUAAAUCUAUUUUUUUCUUUCUUGCUCUUAAUGAACGGUCAGUAAACUGCAGCUCGGCCACACACACGUUCUGCAUCAAACAGCACUUUUAUUUAGGGAUUUUAUUUAUGAACGUUUUCAGAAAAUGAACCUCAUUUCAUGGUCAAAUUUAAAUGAAAAAUUCAAAUAAUAAAAACAAUAAUUUAGCAUCUUAUAGUUUUUAUCACCACAGUUCAAAUGUUUUGUUUUGACUUUCUAUUAUUUGAAAAUAAAGAGCUAAAUUUUUUAAAACUGACAAAAAAGAUGUGAAUUCUGAGCAUAUUUCAGCUUUGAACAUAAAGGUUAAGGUGUAAUGUGUUUAAAGUGAAUAUGUUUUUGUGUAGUUUGGAGCUGUUAUUGUGUUGUUGACUGUGAUGAUUAAAAGCUGAAUCAUUAUUUAUACACAAAA